AUGGCUUUCCUUGCAAAGUGUGGUGGGCCUCGCUAUCUUGAAUUUGCCGGAGUGCCACCGGCCACUGCUCCAGCAUGGGCUGGCGUGUUGAUCUCCAACGCCUCGCACUUUCUGGCAGUUUUAUUGCUGCAUGAACUGUCGCUGAGAGUCUUUGGACGGGGCCAGAAAGCCGCAAGCUUGGCUCUCGUCACUGCUGGGCUACACAUUGUGUCUCCGGCUGGACUUUUCUUGUCCGCACCGAAUGCAGAGAGUCCGUUCGCCCUCUUUCAUAUCCUGGGCAUGUUUUCGUACGCGGAAAGCUUUCUGUCUCGCCGGAACGGGGCCAUCAUGCGGAGUGACUUGUGGCUCCUGCUUUCCGGUGCGUCUGUUGGGGUGGCUGCCGCGGUCCGGAGCAAUGGCCUGAUCAGUGGCUUCUACUUUGCGUACAGCGCUAUUUUGUCAGGGAGCCAAGCCAUUCAAGGCGGGGUUUCUGUCAUGCAAAUAAGACAGCUUGCUGUCAUAGUAAUCGCAGGGAUUUUGGUCGCCCUGGGAUUUAUUCUACCCCAGAUCGUGGCUUAUUGGGAAUAUUGUGGCUUGGAAUCGUAUGAGCAGAGGCCAUGGUGCAGUGCAAUGCCGCCUAGCAUCUACUCAUUCGUGCAAGAACACUACUGGAACAACGGUCUAUUCCGGUACUGGACUGUGUCAAACAUCCCUUUAUUUGCGCUGGCCGGCCCUAUACUUGCAGUCAUGGUUGUUUCCUCGGUAUGGGCUUUCAACUAUCCAAGAAUCAAUAAGACGGCGCUGGAAGAGAAGAGGCCUGUGGUGAACGCUACAACUGUACUACCUAUAUUUGCGGCCCCACAAGCGUUCGUCGCUGUUUACAUUCUAACCGCUGGACACGUGCAAAUUAUCAACAGGCUAUCGUCGGGUUACCCGGUGUGGUAUUGGUGGAUCGCAGGUUUGUUGGACAAGUCUUCCAAAACUGAAGCAUGUGGCUGGGAUGCACCGAAAUGGAUCACAAGAUGGAUGGUCAUGUAUGCCCUUAUUCAAGCGGCCUUGUACUCUAGCUUCUUGCCGCCUGCCUAA